AUGGAGACAGCAGCAACAGUGUCUGAGCUGAGGGUUGUUCUGCUGGGGAACAGCUGGUCAGAGAGGAGUUCAGUGGGGAACCUCAUACUGGGAAAGACUGAGUUCAAUAAAGCACCUGAAUGCUUGUCUGAGCUGAGGGUUGUUCUGCUGGGGAACAGCUGGUCAGAGAGGAGUUCAGUGGGGAACCUCAUACUGGGAAAGACUGAGUUCAAUAAAGCACCUGAAUGCUGUGUGAGAAUCAGUGGACCAGUGGAGGAGAAGAAAAUAGUUGUCAUCAACACCCCAGAUCUGCUGGAUCCCAACAUCUCUGAACACAAACUGACAGAGUUUAUACAAGACUGUGUGAAUGUCUCUGAUCCUGGACCUCAUGUGUUCCUGCUGGUUCUACAGCCUGAAGACUUCACUGAGGAACAGAAACUGAAGCUCUGCAGAGUCCUUCAACUCUUCAGUGAUCGAUCAUUUGAUCAUUCACUGGUUCUGAUAUCAACACCCAGAGAGGACAGUUCAGGUUUGAUGGAAAACUCACCAUUAAAAGACAUGAUCAUAAAAUGUAGAUACAGAAACCUGAAGCAGAAGAACCUGGACCGUGCAGAGCUGUUAACACGGUUGGGUCAAACUGCAAAGGAGAACAAUGGAGAACAUGUUUGUCAUGAAAGAUUUGAGGAACCAGAAGAAACUUUACCAGGUGAUCAUCAGAACCCAAAACAACAGAGAACAACAACUUCUAUCACAGAUGCUGUUAAAGCUGCUGGGCUGCAUGAGUUUAAACAAAUGACUCCACAGCUCUCACACUGUGAGAAAAACCCUCUGUCUUACAAAUCUGCACUAAGGAUUUUGUUGCUGGGGAAAAGUGAUGACAAAAAGACAAAACUUGGUAAUUUCAUCAUCAACGACCAAGGUUUUCAUUCCCAAAAACAAAUCAAACACUGUGUGGCCUCCUGUGGAGAGUGGAGAGGAAAACCAUUAACAGUGGUGAAAGCUCCAGACAUGUUCAGUCUGUCUGUGGAGACACUGAUAGAAGAGGUGAAGAAGUGUGAGACUCUUUGUUCUCCUGGACCAAAUGUUCUGCUGCUGUUAGUGAAACCUUCUGAUUUCACUGAGGAGAACAGACGAACACUGAAGUUCAUCCUGAGUCUGUUUGGUCCAGAUGCUUUUAAACACUCGAUGGUCAUUGUGACGCAUAAUGAGGAAGACAGUAACUCAGUGAAAAAACUCAUCCAAGACUGCAAACAAAGGCAGCACCGAAUCAAUUUUGACAAAAUGGAUAAAAAAAAUGACCCCCAAGAGUUGAUUCAAAAGAUGGAAAAUAUAGUGAGUAACAACAGGGGAGGAUAUCUGACAUUAAUGGAAGAGGCUGAUCUCAUGAUGGUGUCUAGCUGUUCCAAACCAGCUUUAAACCUGGUUCUGUGUGGGAGGAGAGGAGCAGGGAAGACUUCAGCAGCCGAGGCCAUUUUCGGUCAGACAGAGCUUCAUUCAGUCUCCAGCUCAUCAGAGUGUGUUAAACAUCAGGGAGAGGUGAGAGGACGUCAGGUUUCCCUGGUGGAGCUUCCUGCCUUGUAUGGAAAACCUCAGGAGGAAGUGAUGAAGGAAUCGUUCAGGUGUAUCUUCCUCUGUGAUCCUGAGGGCGUCCAUGCCUUCAUCCUGGUCCUACCUGUGGGUCCCCUCACUGAUGAAGACAAGGGAGAGUUAAAGACCAUCCAGAACUCAUUCAGCUCUCCAGUCAAUGACUUCACCAUGAUUCUGUUCACUGUGGAGUCAGAUCCUGCAGCUCCAGCUGUUGUUGAUGUUAAGGAAACCAAGGACAUCCAGGAGCUGCUUCAGAGCUGUGGAGGAAGAUAUGUUGUUGUCAAUGUCAAGAACAAGCAUCAGAUCUCUGAGCUGUUGGAGGCUGUGGACAAGAUGAGAGCUGAAGGAUCUAGACGCUUCACAAAGGACAUGUUCACCAGGGCUCAGAUGGAGACUGUCACAAGACUCCAAGGUGAAUUACAGAAAGUGAAACAGAGGAGUGGGAUGGAAGAUGAAGAUCACAGUCAGAGCAGAGAGCCUCUCAGGAUGGUGCUGAUUGGGAAGACUGGCAGCGGAAAGAGUUCAACUGGAAACACCAUUUUAGGCAGAAAUGAUUUUCUUUCUAAACGCAGCCAAAAGUCAGUAACCAAGUUUUGCCAGAAAGCAGCUGGAGAGAUUGAUGGGAGGUCUGUUGUUGUGGUCGACACCCCCGGCUUGUUCGAUACAACUCUGUCCAAUGAAGAUGUUCAAGAGGAGCUUGUGAAAUGCAUCAACAUGUUGGCUCCUGGACCUCAUGUGUUCUUACUGGUGAUGAACACUGGUCGCUUUGAUGAGGCAGAAAAAGAAUCUGUGAAACUGAUCAAGAAGUUUUUUGGGAAGAAUUCAAGUGAAUUCAUAGUCAUCGUAUUCACAGGAGGAGACAACUUCCAAGAUGAAUCAUUUAAGGAUUACAUAGAUGACUGUGAUGACUCAGUCAAAAAACUGAUUCAUGACUGUGGAGGCAGAUACCAUUUACUUAAUAAUAAGAAUCAGGAAAAUCGUGCACAAGUCACUCACCUAUUGACCAUGGUUGAAACUAUGAUGAAGAAAAAUGGCGGCAACUACUACACAAAUGAGCUGCUCCAAGAAGCAGAGGCAGCCAUACAACAUGAGGUGAAGAGGAUUUUAAAAGCAAAAGACGAAGAGAUGCAGAGGGAGAAGAGGGAACUUGAAAGAAAACAUGAGGAACAAGUCUCCAUCAAAUACAACCUCACCUCCUCCCAUUGGCGGUCCACCUUCCAGGCUGAGAGUGAGUUCCACAAACAGGGAUCUGAAUUGGAUGUAGCCAUGGAUGGAUCACUGAACCUGGGCCUGCUGUGGUCCGGAAGCCCAAGGUCAGGAGCCUGUUCGAAGUGA